AUGCCAAAAAACAUGUUUCUCAAGAGACUGCCUUACAAAUCAACUCGAGAUACUUGGGAAAUUGUUAAAAGUAAUACUGUAGCAGUGCCGCCUGCAGGCAGCUGUCGUGAUGAGCAUGCCGAUUGCCCAAAGUAUCGCAAUCUUUGCAAUAUUGGCGAUUAUGCAACUCAUAUGCGAGUUAAAUGUCGGAUGACUUGUAGUUUGUGCUGA